GGCUUGUGCCUCUGUUACUCUGCUUCUACCUGACUCCUCUUUAACAAUGUCAGACAUGCCAGCCCCCGUUGUGGCCGAUGCCACCAACUCAUCCACGUCAGCAAAUACUGAAGAUGAAAAAACUAGCAAGUCAACACUUUUUGUCCGUGGUAUUCCUUACGACGCUACCAGUGCACAACUCGAAGCUUUCUUCUCCGAGGUUGGUCCUGUACGAUCAUGCUUUGUAGUCUUGGAUCGUAACGCUGAGCAAAAUGCUAUUGAGAAACCCGAUGGCGAAAGCAGUGAUGUCAGCAAUACCGCUGCUGGCUCCAAAGCACCUCUUAAAAAUAAGGGAUAUGGUUUUGUGCAAUUUGUCUUGCCAGAGGAUGCUGACAAGGCUAUCAAUGACCUUCGAGGCGUCAAGUUCCUAAAACAAAAACCCUUACUUAUGGAAAAAGCCGUUAAAAGAUCUCACUCAACUGAAGACAAACAAAAGAAGGAACUCAAACCCAAGCCUAAAUCAGAUAAACCUAAAAAAUCUCAAAAAGUCGAGAAUUCACAACAGGAACAUAAAGAGAAAAAUUAUUCAUUCCAAACUGUUGUACUAAAAGGCUUAGGCAAGGACAUCACUAAGAAGCACAUUUACAAAAGAGUCCGUAAAGUUGGCGAUGUAAAAGAGGUUAUCUACCCUGUUAUUGCCGAGACAUCAGAAUCUGGACCUGGACAGGAGAAGAGCGAAGAUAUUAUUGAGGAAGGAACAGCCCAUGUCAUUUACAACUCAGCAGAAUUGGCAGCAUCAGCUGUUCAAGCAUUGGAUGGACAUAUUUUCAAAUCCUGUGCACUACAUGCUUCCUUAUUGGCCUCGCCUGCAGUAUACAAGCGCUGUCGACUGAUUGUCCGUAACUUACCUUGGAAAUACAGAGAAUCAGAUCUUCAGGCAUUAUUCACAAAGUUUGGAACUGUUCAUGAAAUCAAUUUACCUCGCAAAUACGAAGGUGGCCCCCUUCGUGGGUUUGGAUUUAUUCAGAUGGAGAAUCUAGAAGCGGCUGAGAAGGCUGUUGCAUCUCUGAAUGGCACAGAACAUCAUGACCGCGUAAUUGCUGUUGAUUGGGCAUUAGCCAAGGACCGUUUUGAAGAAGCAGAGGCAAAAGCAACAGAAGAGACUUUACCGGCAAAUGAAACCCAAGAUGAGGAAAUGGCAGAUGUGUCUGUUGAUAAUAAAUCAAAAGGUACUCAAGACGACAAGAGCAGUGGCGAAAAUUCAGGAAGCGAAGAUGAGGAUGAGAAUGAGAAUGAUGAAGAAGAAGAAGAAGAAUCCGAAAAUGAAGGUGAUGAGAGUGAUGAUGAUCUCAACUUUGAGCAUUUACAGGAAAGUGAAGACGAAGAGCCCGAAGAAUCGAAUGACGAAGGAAUGGAUGACGAGGAAGAGGAUGCCGCCGCUUUAGCUGCACUAGAUGCUGAAGAGGCUGAAGAGAAUGAGCAAAAUAAAAUGACCUUGCCUGAUCCCAGUGAAGGAACUACUCUUUUUAUUCGUAAUCUGGAUUUUGAUGCUACAAAGGACGAUCUGUUUGAACUUUUCCGUCACUGGGGAAAAAUUCGUUAUUGCCGAGUCACUAUGGAUCAUGAUACUGGAAGAUCGCGUGGAACAGGGUUUGUUUGUUAUUUCAACAAAGGUGCCGCCGACAACUGUAUGGCCGAGGCGGAGAGAGUUAAUGCUAUCAUAAAUCCAAUUCAAGCUGAGAACGACCGUAGGAAGAAAAACAAUUUUGUGAAGCAUAUUGUUCUGCAGCCUGAUUUACCAGAGGAUCUCGCUGUCAAAUUUACGCUCAAUGGGCGUGUCUUGAAUGUUGUCCGCGCAGUCGAUAAGAAGUCUGCAGCAAGUCUUCUGGAGGCUGGUCAGCAAAAGCGUGAGCGAGAAGAUCGUAGAAACCUAUAUCUAAUGCGUGAAGGUGUCAUUUUCCCAGACUCGCCUGCUGCUGCUGCUAUUCUCCCCAGCGAGCUUUCUAAGCGUCAAGCAUCAUACUCUGCUCGCCGUGCGUUACUUGCUCGUAAUCCUUCUCUUUAUAUUUCCAAGACUCGUCUAUCUAUCAGAAACUUGCCAUUGAAGUUGGAUGAAAAGGAGCUUCGCAAAUUGGGGGUCCAGGCCGUUCAAAAGUUCAAGAACGAGGUCAAGGAGGGUAAGAGGGCACAUUUGUCUAAGGAAGAACAAGCUGAAGGAUGGGAUAAGCGUGUCAUGGUCAAGCAAGCCAAAGUGGUACGAUCCAAGGACCGUGUAGAUGCGGCCACACAGAUGUUGCGCUCUAAGGGAUAUGGUUUCUUGGAAUACUCAACACAUGCACACGCUCUGGCUGGCCUUCGGUGGUUAAAUAACAACCCAACGUUAUUUGGCGCUAAGAAAUGCCUGAUAGUUGAGUUCUCAGUUGAAAAUGUGAUGGUUAACAAACAAAGAGACGAACGUGAAACCAGGAGGGUAAUGAAGCGUAAACGUAAUGAAAAUGACGAAGAGGAGGAAGAGGAGGAGGAAGGACAGGAAGCAAAGCGCCCCAGGAGAUCUAUACAUGAGGGAGGUGGACGUGAGCCUCGAGGUGGCUUCCGUGGUGGCAGAGCACGCGGCGGAAAUGAUGGUAGGUCAAGAAGUGGUGUCAGGGGAAACUCACGUGGUUUUAGAAGUGACUCCAAGCAUAGCUCUAGAGAUGAAUUCAAGGGCGCAAGGGGUGGUCGUGGCAAUUCAAGGGGUAGCCGCGGUGGCACAAGGGGUAGCCGUGGUGACACAAGGGGCGGCCGUGGUGAAGUAAGGGGCGGCCGUGGUGGAGCAAGGGGUAGUCGAGGUGGAGCAAGGGGUAGUCGAGGUGGAGCAAGGGGUAGUCGAGGUGGCCGUGAGUAA